UGACGAGUGCAAGGAUCGAAACCCAUGCAUCAACGGAAAUUGUAUAAAUGUAAAUGGGAGCUUUAAUUGUUUAUGUCUGAAGGGUUAUAAGCGAGUUAAUGAAACAACUUGUGAUAGAGUCAGAAAUGGACCACAGAAAGCUCUCUUCGUCUAUAUUCCUCUGGGCAUAAGCAUAGGCCUCAUGACUCUAUUUGCAAUGAGCCUAAUGCUAUUUUGGGGGCUAAGAAAGAGAAAAUUGAUCAAACUUAAAGAGAAGUUCUUUGAACAAAAUGGUGGAUUAAUGUUACAACAAAGACUAUCAAGUAUUGAGAAAGCACCUAUAGAGACAGCUAAAGUCUUUACUGCAGAAGAGCUGGAAAUGGCCACAAACAACUACCAUGAAAGUAGAAUCAUUGGUGAAGGAGGUUAUGGAACAGUUUAUAGAGGAAUAUUUCCAAACAAUAAGGUGGUUGCCAUAAAAAAAUCCAAAUUCGGAGCUCAAAUAGUGCAAACCGAUCAAAUUGAACAAUUCAUCAAUGAGGUAAUUGUGCUCAUGCAAAUUAACCAUAGAAAUGUGGUCAGGCUUUUGGGUUGUUGUCUAGAGACAGAAGUGCCUACAUUAGUUUAUGAGUUCAUUACCAAUGGAACUCUUUAUCAACAUCUCCAUAAUAAAGGCACUAAAACACCCUCACUACCGUGGGAAUUGAGAUUGAAGAUCGCAACAGAAACUGCAGGAGCUCUAGCGUACUUGCAUUAUGAAACCAAUACCCAAAUUGUACACAGAGAUGUAAAGACUAUGAAUAUACUUUUGGAUGAAAACUACAUAGCCAAAGUGUCAGAUUUUGGAACUUCUAGACUCAUUAUGCAAGAUGAAGAUCAGUUAUCAACUUUGGUGCAAGGCACAGUUGGGUACUUAGACCCUGAAUACUUGCAAACAAGCCAACUUACUGAAAAGAGUGAUGUGUAUAGCUUUGGAGUUGUUCUUGGGGAACUAUUAACAGGGAAGAAAGCCUUUUCUUUUGAUAAAUCGAACAAUGUUAGUCAAGUCCUAGCAAUGUCCUUCCUCUCUUUGAAAGAUGAUGAUCAGUUUAACAAAUUCAUUGAUGAUGAUAUCCUCAAUGAUGGAAAUAUGGAGGUAAUUAAAGAAGUUGCAAAUCUUACAAAACGAUGUUUGAGGAUAAAAGGGGAUGAGAGACCUACCAUGAAAGAAGUGGCUAUGGAGCUAGAGGGAUUACGAGCUAUGUCAAAGCAUCCAUGGGUAAACGUUGAUCAUUUGGAUAUUGAAGAGACUGAACAUUUGCUUGGGGAAAUACCUUCAAAUAAUCUUUACGACAUUCUUGAUCUUGAAUGUGGUUCAAGUGGUGCUACAACAACUGUGUAUGAUAGCAUGCAAACUCAAUCAAUGCUGAGUCCAUUUGAUGAUGGGCGAUAGAUGUGGAAUGAGAUCCUCUGCUACAAAACUCUAUCCCACUCUCUGUCUCCUCACUAGUUUAAUGACAAUUGUCUUAGAGUUAUAUAUUAUUUAGACUAUGUUUGCAGAGAAACUUAAAUGAGAGAUUUAAACUGUUAUUUGAUCUUUUG